AUGGCUCAUCAGUACGGCCCCUAUGUUCGACUCUGGGGCAUCCGCCCAUCACAGCUACCCUCAGAGAACGCGUCAGCUCAGGAUCUCACUCCUUUACUCCAACAAAUAUUGAACGAAGCAGUUGCUUUUGUCGACACCGUACCACCGCAGCCAUCAUCCUCAUCAUCAUCGGCCUCGUCGGGCAGAUCCAACCAGGGAACUGGAGAUGGACCAUGGAAGGCCAAGGGAUGCAGGGCGUUUCACCACUCAGCCGCGCCAGUGCACAUGUUUGAGCGGGUUGUCUCAGCUGAAGAGCUAAAAGCGAUAGCCAAGGACCAGAAUCUCCCCCAGGCGACCAACGGCUCAAAAUUCAAGCCAGAAACCUGGAGUCUGAGACGAAGUGUUCACGAAGGAGCGAAGAAGGCCGGCACCGCAGACUGGGAGGAAUGGGUACGGUGUUUCAAGGAGGGCCAUGCGGACGCGGAGAUGAAGUUUACUCCCACGGUGAUGAGCCACAUGCUGAAGAAGCAGUGGGAUUGCACGGGCGCAGAGGUCACGCUGGGAGGCGACGUGUACGAGAAUCUCACGCUGAAGCUGGAGGAGUCGGUGCACAAGAUGCCUGCGCCGCUCAACAACCGCGCAUUUCCCGUGCUGCAGGUGACGGCGGCGGUGCGAGGACGACGCGAGUUCAUCGUUGUUCAGAUUGCGGCGGUGCCAGAAACUCUCAGCAGCGAGGAGUCAAGGUCCGACGGCGCCCUGAGAGGCACGUACACGAGCGUGGAGCGCUUCCGGGAGGUGGACGAGCAAGGCAACGUCGAGUGGUUGAUGGGGACGGUGUCGGAUGCGAGAGGCGUGCUGCCGGCGUGGAUCCAGAAGAUGGCGGUUCCGGGGCAGAUUGCCAAGGACGUGGACAUGUUUCUGGAGUGGAUUGCGAAACAGCGAGAUGGAAAAUAG